AUGAUCAAGCUUGUCGCAUUCGACCUCGAUGGCACUCUCGCUGAGAGCAAGCAGGCAAUUCUCGACUCAAUGGGCGAAGCCCUCGCCGAUCUUUUGACCGUCGCCCACGUCGCAGUCAUUUCGGGCGGCGAUUGGCCUCAGUUUCAGAAACAGGUCGCAAGCCGUCUUCCCGCGCGAGCUGACCUUUCCAAACUCUGGCUCAUGCCUACCACCGGCACAAAGCUCUACACGCACAAGGGAGAUGAGUGGAAGGUGGAAUAUGCGGAACUCUUCAGCGAGGAGCAGAGGAAGGACAUCAUCGAGGCUUUCAACGCUGCUCUCGACGCAACGGGCUUCCAGCCAGAGCAGACUUGGGGUGAGCGCAUUGAAGAUCGAGGCAGCCAGAUCACCUUUUCUGCACUCGGCCAACAAGCGCCCCCAUCGGCAAAGGAGGUUUGGGAUCCCGAUUUUGAGAAGCGAAAGAUUAUCCAAGCAGACUUGUACAAGCGACUCCCAGACUUGUCAAUCAACAUGGGCGGAGCGACUUCAAUCGACAUCACGCAGAAGGGUGUUGACAAGGGCUACGGGCUGAAGAAGCUCUCGGCAGCGAGUGGGAUUCCCCUGGAGCAGAUCAUGUUCAUCGGAGAUGCCAUCUUUCCAGGUGGAAACGAUUACCCUGCUAAGGAAUUGGGACUGCACACGGUGCGAGUGAAGAACCCGGAUGGGACUCUGGCUGCUAUUGCGGGCAUCGUUGCGUGUUUGAGCGAGACUGGGCCUUUGCAUUGA